GAGACAACCGAGAACGCCACGCUGCCGUCGAACCAGUCCGAGGCCGCAAGGGAAGCUCGUUCUGCUGGUCCAGUUACCCACACGGCUCCGGAGUUGCCGGACCUCCCUGCCAACACGGCUCCAGAGGCGCCAAAUAGCUUCCUGCUGCCAGAGCAGCUGCCGUGCUGGUCCAGCGCGGCUGGUGGCGCGCCUCAGGAGGAGGAGGAGGAGAUGGGUUCCGCCGAGCAAUCGCUGACCGACAGCAGCACGUGCGCUGGCACCAGGCCUCUGGACGCCGCCACGCCCGCUGGCGGAGGUACUGAUAGCGUUGCCGCCUCGCCGGCACCAGCCGCAGAGGUGACCGCUGAGCAUCCCGCACGCCAGGAAGCGUCAGAUCGGUCGAGCUUCGACGCGACAUGGAGGCCCAGCGCAGAGGGAGCGCGGGGGGAGGAGGAGCCUGUGCUCGGGGACUCCACAGGCCGACGUCCAGAGGCUGCUGCCGGGCCCGGCGCAGAGGCGCCCGCUGCCACCGGGGUGGCGGCAGGCUCUGGGCUACCUCAAGCCGCGUGCGGCUCUCCAGCAGCUGUGGCCGGUGCCGCCCUGGAAGGUGCUCAUCCUUCAUCGAGCUUCUGCGACGCUCCCCUGCGCAUGGCUGUGGAAGGCAGUGCACGUCGCCCCGAUGCCGCGGCGCCCUCGUCUGCCGACGCACCAGCGGCAUCUGCAGGCACUGGGCCCCCUGCUGCGCCCCAGGACGGGCUGAGCCGUGGAGCGAGAGUCACGGAGUGCUGA